AUUCAGAUAACCGAAUCCAUUUCGUUUUUUUUUAUAGUGUCCCAGAAAACCCGCGAAUUUGCCAAAUCUUGCCUUUUUCGAUUUGGAUUUUUAUACUGCCGCUGAGGAAAAUGAAAUAACUUUAGAACCUUCCACAUUUUUUCUCUUCUUGCAACUCUUCAACAUCAGGAGGAAAUCAUGGUGUCUUCGGCAUCCGGAAUCCCUCAGAAUGGACUCGACGCUGCUGACGAGGAUUCGAGUGACGACACUGGCACUCUGGAGCGUCAGCCGCCGCGUCGAUUCAAGGAAGCCGAGUUCGACUUGUUCGACGAAGUGUCGCUCGGCGAUGGCGGCGAAUCGACGUGUUGCCAGCAGCAGCCCAACGGCGACCCCAGCACCGCCGGAAACGCUGUGACGAUAAUAUCGAUGAAUAAUGGCAGUGGCGGUCGAUUGGGGCGCCGUGAGCAGUCAACUGCUUCGGGGGCGGCUGCUGCUGAAGGCGGCGAUGACGAGGACGACGCCAAGGACGAAGCCUGCGGUUGCGGCGGAUGGCGGCCGGAAUUUGCGAAAAGAUUCCGGACCCCGGCUUGGAUGCUGUUUUGUUUCUGUCUCGCCAGUUUCAUUCAGGGAAUGGUUGUGAACGGACUCGUGAAUGUCAUCAUUUCGACUGUGGAAAGACGAUUCCAGCUCAGCUCGACGGAAAGUGGGCUCAUUGCAUCAUUCUACGACAUUGGAUAUUUCUUCUGUGCCAUUCCAGUCACAUAUUUUGGAGGUCGAAGUCAAGCUAGUAAGCCCAAGUGGGUGAGUGCAGGCGUGCUGUUUAUGGCUGCCGGGUUUUUCGUGUUUUGCUUGCCGCAUUUUACGACCCCGGUUUACGUCGCCGUUCGAAGUCGAAGUCAAGCUAGUAAGCCCAAGUGGGUGAGUGCAGGCGUGCUGUUUAUGGCUGCCGGGUUUUUCGUGUUUUGCUUGCCGCAUUUUACGACCCCGGUUUACGUCGCCGUUCGAAGUCGGGACCCCGGGUUGCUCAACGCCACUACGGGUACGGGCACCAGCACCAGCACCAACGGACCCGUAGCUGCUCAUCUGUGCUCUGAGCUCAAGGGUGCGUCUGAUUGUCUUCCAACUGAGGAAUCGUUGGCGUUCUACAAGUGGGUUUUCUACUUGGCCCAGUUCCUGAUCGGCGUGGGAGCCACGCCACUCUACACCCUCGCCGUGACUUAUGUGGAUGAGAAUGUCGCCUCCAAAUCAUCCUCUGUCUACCUAGGUGUUUUCUACGCGAUGGCAUCCGUGGGACCUGCUGUUGGAUACGUUGUCGGGGGCCAAACGCUGCAGAUUUUUACAGAUUUUGAUUCGUUGGACGCUCAAAAGUUGGGACUCACUCCGGAGAAUAAUCUUUGGGUCGGAGCCUGGUGGAUUGGAUUUUUAGGCUCCGCGAUUUUCGGUGUUUUGAUAUUUCCUCCUAUCGUUGCUCUUCCAAAAACCCUUCCAGGAGGGAAGGAGCUGAAAUUGACGAGAAAACGAGAAACGCAUCAGUCGAACGUGCAUCUGACCAAGUGGCUGGAAAACACCAAGGCGAGCAAUUCGAAAAAGGCCCAGGGUUCGUCGGUGACGAAGAUCCACGUGCGGGAACUGACGAUGGCUCUCGUCAGAGUCGUGGCUGGCAACCCAACUUUCUUGUUCCUCACGUUGGCAGGGGCUGCCGAGGGCUUUCUCCUCGCAGGCUUUGCCACCUUUCUGCCGAAAUACUUUGAAAACCAAUUCCGACUCACUGCGGGACUAGCGGCUAUGAUCGUCGGAGUGGUUGCAGUUCCCGGCGCCGGCGGAGGCACUUUGCUGGGCGGCUACCUGAUCAAGCAUUACGACAUGAAGUUACCGGCCAUCAUGAAGAUGUGCUGUGUGUCGACAUUCCUGGCUGGCCUGUCGACACUCAUCUUUGUGUUCAGCUGCGACGACGUGGGGAUCGCGGGCGUGACAGCAGCUUACGAGCCCUCGCGGCUCUUGUUUGCCGGUGGCAACGCUAGCGCUGAUCUCGGACCACGGAACUCUGCUGACGACGAUGAUGUUGAUGAUGAGUCUGCUUUUGAUCGGAAUUUGGACCUGUUCCACGCCUGUAACUCAGCGUGCAACUGUGAUGUCUCCCAAUACGAUCCCAUGUGCGGAUCUGACGGGCUUCUUUAUUAUUCUCCUUGUUUCGCCGGCUGCAGCGAAUCCCAGCGAUCCGCAGAUAAUUUCAUGGAAUUUUCAAGAUGUUCGUGUGUAGCAAGCAGUGCUGGAAAUGAGAAUGCCACGACGAGUCUGCUGUUGGGAACCGGCGUUGGGAAAAACUGUUCUUCCGGGUGCACCUAUUUACCUGUUGCCAUUCUCUUCCUGUUGCUGAUCAUGGUUUUGACUUUCAUCACAUCCAUGCCGAGUCUCACAGCGACUCUAAGGGUUGUCGAGGAAGCAGACAGGAGUAUAGCAUUGGGUGUGCAGUUGGCACUACUGCGCGUGCUGGGCACGAUCCCGGCGCCCGUGCUUUUUGGCAAGCUGAUGGAUUUGGCGUGCAGUUUGUGGGAAACGAUCCCCGAGGGUCCUGGUGAAGGCUGUGAUGUGCAAGGGGACGUCGGGUCAGCUGGGGUCACGAUCUCCAGCAGCAACAGCAAAGGAGGUGCGCAACUCGGCAGUUGCAGGGCGUAUUUCAAUCACAGCAUGAGCACUGCUGGAAAUGAGAAUGCCACAACGAGUCUGCUGUUGGGAACCGGCGUUGGGAAAAACUGUUCUUCCGGGUGCACCUAUUUACCUGUUGCCAUUCUCUUCCUGUUGCUGAUCAUGGUUUUGACUUUCAUCACAUCCAUGCCGAGUCUCACAGCGACUCUAAGGGUUGUCGAGGAAGCAGACAGGAGUAUAGCAUUGGGUGUGCAGUUGGCACUACUGCGCGUGCUGGGCACGAUCCCGGCGCCCGUGCUUUUUGGCAAGCUGAUGGAUUUGGCGUGCAGUUUGUGGGAAACGAUCCCCGAGGGUCCUGGUGAAGGCUGUGAUGUGCAAGGGGACGUCGGGUCAGCUGGGGUCACGAUCUCCAGCAGCAACAGCUUUCCUCCACGCGUUGAGCCGUCAACGUCCCGCAUAAAGUUAGUGUCGUACUCGUGCACUCAGGGUAGUAGCACUUAA